AUGGAAUCCUUUAGUGUGGACACUGUUGAUGACCUCAUUACUGAGUGGUACUCUAAUAAAUUUGAAGAACUUGGAACCAUUGGCUUUGAAUUUGGGGAAAUUACAAAAGAUUCACAGAAAAAUACCUUCACUUUCAGCUUUAAAGUUGGAAAUAAUUCCUUCAUGUUUGUAUAUGACCAGUCUUUUUCAUUCCGAACAGCAGACAUGGAGGUGGAUGCAGAACAGGAGCUCAUUUCCAGGCUAAAUCAGAUAAUUGAGAAUUCUGGUGCAACAGCUUUUGAAUGCCUUGAUCAUUUCCUCAGCACAUUUAGAAACCUGAAGAGUGAAAAGGGUAAAAAAGAGUCUGAUAAAGUCUGAGAUGCUUCAAUGGAAGAAGACGAAGAAGAUGGUGAAGGAGAAGAUGUCCCUGGAUGGUCAGAUGAAGAGGAAGAAGAUGAAUACAAAGAAGAUUCUAAUAACCCAGGUCUGAAGGAAGGGCAGGACCCUGAAUCUAGCCAAGCAUUGCUCUCAAUAACCAAUAUUUUUAAACAAAAUGUAACUAUGAGCAGUGAACAAGCAAUGAAAAUUUUCCUAAGACUAAAGAUCUUCGAGAAUGUAAAUGAACUGAAAAGACUUGUUGAAGAGAAUAAUAUCGAAAUCCUGGCUUCUUCUUUCAGAGUGCAGGUCUUUGAGCCUUACUUGAUGAUCAAGUUCACAGUUGAUCUGAACUACCUGAGCAUUCCUCAUACUGUGUAUGAGUCGCUUGGAUUCAAGAUGCAAGAGUUGGUUGAAUAUCUGAUAGUAUUUGAUGAAAGCAAACUAUUAUUAUUUGAGGAUGACCCAUCAAUUUACUCUAAAGACCUGACAGAGCUACUUAACCUUGGAGUCGUCAAAAUAGAAUUUGCACAGCAAAAUAAUGAUGCAGGGAAUGACAGAUACAUGUCUUAUCUGCAAAUGCUUCAUGCAAGUUUCUUUGAGUUAGAAGGAGAAGCUGGGGACACAGAUGGAUUCCAAUCAUGCGACAAUGAGACCGUUAGUCUAGCUAAAGCUACACUUUUAGAAAUGGGAUUUGAAGACUCAGUUGCUAAAAAAGGAUUAAGGAGAAAUAGAUACAAUCUUCAGAAUACAAUAAACUAUUUGCUCAUGAUGAGAAACAAAUGAGAAGAAGAGGUGAAGGAAUAUCAAGAAGGUCUUGACAUUGAGGAUGUUGACCCUAAAUUUAUGCUCUUCAACAACGUCACUACUGAACAGCUUCUUAACAAUUCUCUGCUCCAUUACUUUAAGCAUAUUAUUUGUUCUCUUGACAGUGUGCUUGAAUACUGAUGAAUCUGAAGAGACAAGCUCUCGACCAACUCCACCAAGAUCAGAUGUUGCAACAAAGAACUAUGAGAGUUUUCUUUCGAAGAAUCGCAGGGUAUCUACAUCAUUCCAGAGAUAAAGAAUGACUUGGCCACAUUCUCUUUGGAUUUGUCCAUAUUUUCUGAAUGAUUAAUGUCAAGCAGAGCAGGCCAAUGAUUCGAACCCUUUCCUUCAUACUUCUUAAAAUAAACGUGAACUACGAAGUAAAAGAGGAUACCUUGACAACAUUCAGAAAGCAAGAGAAACAGGACAGCAAGAGAUACAAGAGACAAAGGCAAACAACAAAGAUCUUAACCGGAUGAGAAGCAUCUUCAAAAUGCUUCCUGCUCCUGAUAAGCUUAUCAAAGAUAGGCAUAAUGAUUCAGAUUUGGUAGAAUUAUUCAGUAAGCUUCCAAAGGUAGGCCAUGAAAGCCUGGCUAUCUACAAGCUUUUGCAAUACCUGGUAUGCACUAACAAAGUGAGCUUUAAGCAGCUCUCAGAUGAUGACAAACUUUCUGGAGUUGAUGGUUUUGAUGAAUACAUUAUUUACAAUAAUGAAUCUAAUAAGGAAGAAGCCUUCCAAGAAAUGAAGCGGAAGAAAGAUUCUGUAUGGACUUUCCAUGGAAGUAGCAUGGAAAAUUGGUAUAGCAUUCUCAGGAAUGGUCCAAGGAACCUGUCUCAUACAAAGAUGAUGACGGCUGGAGCUGCUAGAGGAGCUGGUGUUUACUCAGCAAGUGCUUUUGCUACUGCGUCUGGGUAUGCCAAACCAAGGAAUAAUAAUACUCAUAAUUAUGGAGGAGCACCUGGUAUGCCAAGCUGGAGACACUCCAAGGUAAAAUCAAAGUGAAUCAUUGGAGUGCUAGAAAUCAUUAAGAAUCCAUCUUAUGGACAGAAUAGAAACAAUGAUUCUUCACAAGCUGAUUACAGUAUUGUUGUAUGUCCUGAUGACCACUGAAUCAUGCUAAGAUACAUCUGGGUAUUCUCUCAGAACGAUAUGUAUGGAGGAGGAGCUGCUAGAAACAGCCUUAAAACAAAUAAUAUCCCUUUUGAAAGUAAAUACUAUUCGGCUGUCAGAGAAAUACAGGAGGAACAAAUGAAUCUUAGAAAAGAAAGACUAUUAGAAGCCCAUAAAAGAGCCAAAGAAAGAUAUGAGGAAGAGCUUGAGCUUAAAAAGAAGAUUGAUUUGCAAGUAAAAGAACAGCAUGAGAACGAUAAAGCAAAGGAGAAGGAGCAGCAGAUUGAUCAAAGGAUCAACAGGCUUGAGAACAAAAUGAUAGGGAAAGGAAGCGUGACUGCUACUAAAAGAAUUUUAAAAGAAUACAAGCACUUUCAGACAUCAUCUGAUAUCAAAAAUUUCGAAAUAAAACUACCAAAUGAUAAUUUCUAUAAAUGGGUUGUCUCUCUGGAUAUUCUGAAGUUUGAAUUGACACCAGAGCUGAAAGAAGACUUUGAGUGGAUGAAACAACAAACUGGAAAUGACCCUGAGCUACAAUUUGAGAUAAUGUAUACCUCAUCUUUUCCAUUCGAUCCUCCUUUUAUCAGAGUUGUCAAGCCAAUAUUCAAGUUUCAUACUGGACAUGUGACUGUCGGUGGAUCUUUAUGAAUGGAAAGUUUAACUCCUUCUGGAUGGUCUUCAGCAAGAUCAAUAGAAGGAAUCUUUGUUGAAAUCCUCAGCAUUAUCCUCCAAGGAGGGGCAAGGAUCGAGAAAUCUAGACUAGGCCAUACCUAUUCGAUCCAAGAAGCAAGAGCUGCUUUUGAGAGAGUAGCUAAACAUCACGGCUGGCUUUAAAUGUAUGAAAAAUUUGUUUCA